UCGGUGCUGGGGGACAGGGCGGGUGGCACACGGACCCGGGGGUGGCACACGGACCCGGGGGUGGCACACAGACCCCGUGGGUGGCACACAGACCCCGUGGGUGGCACACAGACUCGCGGGGUCACCCCUACACCCGGCCCCAGGAGUCCCCCAGGGUCGCAGGAUGGACCGCGCGCCGUCCCACGCAAGGCAGCUGUGAAAGUGCUGCGUGCCCGACGCUCGCUGAGCCCUCGCUGCUCAUUUGCCUGAGUUUCAGCUUCUCCCCAGAUGCAAAUGCCGUCAGCUCCGCUCCCACCAGGAGUGCCGCCACUGAGAUGGAGGCCCCGCUCCCUGGUCUCUCCCUGCUUCUGCUCCUCCUGGCAGCGGGAUGGGGAGGCAGGAUGGAUGCAGCCUGGGCACCAUCUCCUGGGGGCUGUGAGCUGGUGCAGAGCUUCAUGGACUGCACUGGGAGACAGCUGAGCUCCGUCCCAGGGAACCUUCGGGGCGACACCGAGGAGCUGCUGCUCGAUGACAACACUAUCCGGGCCCUGGGCAAUGCCUCUCUGCUCCUGUACCCCCGGCUCUGGCACCUCAGUGUGGCCAGAAAUGGGCUGGAGCUCAUCGAGCCCGGGGCCUUCCUCAGCAGCCCCGGCCUGCAGGUGCUCUCCCUGACAGACAACCUGCUCUUCACCAAGUACUCGCUGACAGCAGCUGCUCUUUCUGCCCUGCCAGCCCUGAGGACGCUGGAUCUGGCUGGAAACCAGCUCACCGAGGACAUGGUGUCUGUUUUAGUCUCCAACCUCUCUUCAUUGGAGUCGCUGUCGGUGGCCAGGAACAUCAUCAUGAGGUUGGACUCAUAUACCUUCACCAACCUGACACAGCUGCUGGAGCUGAACCUGGAGAAGAACUACAUCUUUGAGAUUGACCUAGCUUUUGAAGGGCUGCAGAGGCUGCAGAGGCUCAACMUAGCUUACAACUACCUCCCGUGUCUGGUGGGGUUCGACCUGACCCAGCUCAGGGUGCUCAACGCCAGCAACAACAUCAUCGAGUGGUUCCUGACCCUGGAAAGCGAUGACCCCUUUGAACUGGAGGUGCUGGACCUGUCCCACAACCGCCUCCUGUUCUUCCCCGUGCUGCCCAGGUACAGCAAGCUGCACUCCCUGCUGCUGCAGGACAACAGGAUGAGCUUCUACCAGCGCCUCCCCAAUGGCACCUCCCUGGCCAACGUCACCGUGCAGUUCCUGAUCAUCCAAGGCAACACCACCAACAUCACCACGGUCCGGCUCUGGGAYGACCUCUGCUACAGCAACCUCUCCUCCCUGCGCCUCCUGGACAUGAGCCAGAACCAGGUCUGGGGCCUGCCGGAGGAUUUCCUGGCCCAGAUGCCCUCCCUGACCCAGCUGAAGCUCAACCAGAACUGCCUCGAAGUGUUUGAGCUGUCRGAGGAGGACUCCUUGGGCAUGCUGACGGAGCUGGACCUCAGCCAGAACGAGCUGGUGGAGCUGGGGGUGAAGGGAGGUGUCGGGGACUUCCUGCCCAGCCUGCAGCUCUUCAACCUCAGCACCAACAGGCUGCGGGCGCUUCCUCCCGGGAUUUUCACCCRCACCAGGAACAUCACUACCGUGGACCUCAGUCGCAACCGGGUUGACCUCUGUCCCCAGCCAGGUGAGGCUGAGCACCUCUCCUGUGUGGACAUCAGGGGUGUGGGGACCUUGACCCAUCUCUCCUUGGCYGGCUGUGGUCUGCAGGGGCUGGGUGGCCGCCCCUUCCAGGGGACAUCGCUGAUGCAUCUGGACCUCUCCGACAACCGCCAGGCACUGUCUGGGGACCUGGCGUGGCUGCAGGACCUCGUCCUGACCCUGCAGGUGCUGUCUCUGAGGAACACCAGCCUCUCCUCUGCCACCAUGGACUUCUCUGCCCUGAGCAGCCUCGUGCGCUUGGACCUUUCCAGGAACUCCUUGGCCGCGUUCCCCGCCUCGCUGGGCGCGCUGAGGCUGCGCAGCCUGGACCUGCGGGACAACUGCCUCCGGGCGCUGCCGCCGGACGUGGCGCGGGCGCCGCUGGGGACCAGCCUGCGGGAGCUCUACCUCAGCCGAAACCCCUACAACUGCUGCACGCUGGGCUGGUGGGACGCCCUGCAGCAGGCUGAGGGGCUGCGUGUCCCCGACGGGCGGGAGGUGACCUGCAGCCAUGGCUCCCACACGCUGAGCCCCAGCGCGCUGCCUGAGUCUGUCCUGCAGAGCUGUCGCUGGCAGACGGCCGACCUGGCGCUGCUCUACCUGGUGCUGGCUCUGCCCACCUGCCUGACGCUCCUGGUGGCCUUCGUGGUYGUCUUCCUCAUGCUCAAGGAGAAGCUGCUGAAAAUGGUGAAAACUCGGUGUGGGGUGUCCAGCCCUUACUGAUGGCUGAGGAGGAGGAAGGGCUCAGGAAUGGUCAAUAGGAGAGGGUGGUCAGGAUUACAGGUGACCUCCGAGGUGGUCAAGAUGGAAACCUGAUGGAGGUGCURGGAGAGCUGCCAUUCCUGCCCUAGUGCUACCCAAAGCAUGAAGGGCUGUGUCUGGUGAUGGAGCACUGGGGAUCCUCAAGGAACAUGUCUUCAGCAGAAACCUUCAGCUGGUGUUAGCAAGAGCUGAGUGGACACGACAUCGAACAGCCACUUGGCUGAAAGGACAGGCUGCCCAGGAAAUCUGUGGAUACCCCAUCCCUGGAUGCRUUCAAGGCCCG